UUGACCAUGUAUACCGUAGAAAUAAAACAGAAUAGAAGAAAAAGUAUUAAGUAUUAAUUUGCCUAUGUAUCGGGUAAAACACAGAAUUCCUCCUCGCGAGAUGCCACAAAAGGAGAGACAACUCCUGACGGCGGUGGAAAAGGGCCACACCAAAAUGGUAGAGACUUUGAUUUCACAAGGCGUAAGUGUCAACUGUAAAGCACGGGAUGACGGUUCAACACCUUUGAUCAAAGCAGCAAACUGCAGAAACCACGUAGUCCAGAAGUUAUUGCUGCAACACGGAGCAGACAUUUCGGCCAAGAAUUUGCUGGGACUGACGGCCCUGCACUAUACGGCCGAAGCGGGUGACACGGAGACCGUCAAGUUAUUAUUGGCCUACAAGUCUCCUCUGGAUGUCCCGGAUGUGGAAGGAUGUACUCCUCUUCACUAUGCAGCGUAUCGCAAAAAUCUGGCAACAGCAGAAAUCCUUUUCUUCUGUGGUGCAAAUGUGGACUUUAAAAAUAAGAAAAGGCUGUCUCCUUUCACUACUAAUAGAAAUAUAGAGUUCAGGGUACUAGCAAGACAGUCCAGAAAGGUGCGAGAAGCCAUAGACCAAAAAGAUAUUAGAAUUGAACACGACGAGCUUCAUCCUGGUAAGACGAGUCAUCUCAAGGAUAUUGGACUCAAGAUAUUCACACCUGAAAACUUCAAAUUGCACAGUCUAAGCUUUCUGUGCAGACGGGUUCGUCCUGAGUUUUGCGCAGACUCACUAAAGCCCGUCGGGAAGGAAAUUUUGAUCAGCGAUGCGUUUGAAUAUAUAACAUCUACUGUGCAUAUUAAUGGAGAAGUGGAGUUAGAAGUUCCUCUCUACGACCAUCCUGACACAUACGAAAUAAUUCAAAUCAAAUCCAACCUAGGUAACAUAGAGGACCCCUCGGCAAUAGCUGAAGGACCAAUUAAGUAUAACGAGCAUUCAGGAGUUCUACGCUGGAAGAUCAGAAUACGCUUGGACAUAACAAAGACUAAAUCGUUCAUUCUAAUAACAAUUCCGAAAGUGGAGCGGUUUAAAGUCAACCCAAGGGGUGGGGAAUUUGUGUCAGAGGUAGACAAGUUCAUCAGCAUAGAAGUCGCCCCAGACACUUUCAAGACGGGUAUCGUCAAUGUAGAGGUCAUUCCGACGCCAGUGUACAAGACGGAAAACUUCAAAAAUAUUCUAUCAAUUGGCAACUUCUAUGAACUACAUCACAGUCUUGGCUCUAACAAGUUUCAGAAAAAUGGCGUUACCUUCAAAUCACCAUUACCUCAUAAGUUUGAAAACGAGGGAGAACUUUGUGUUUUGGCAGCAGACAUUCCAAUGCAUUUUGAUCCGGACCAAGAUAUAUUAAACGAGAAUAUAUGGGAGAUUUUGGACAAAAAUCCGAAGACAAAAAAAGGAAGAGUGUCAUUUGACUUGUCCCAUUUCUCUACACUUGUGUUGGCCGAGAAAAGAAAAGGAACCAUCGAGGCAAGCUUAAAAACCCAAGUAAAUGAAAUCUUUAUGAAAGCGUGUAAGAAAGCCAAGGUAGUCUGCUUUUUUGCUGUUUUAAAACCAAAGGCUGAUUUUCACUACGAAAUGGUACUCGAGUGUACAACUCCAGAAAAGGUGACAGAUAGAUUGAACCAAUGGAAAUCAUUCAAUUUCAUUGCAUUGUCUCCUGAAAGCACGGGUGACUUUGACAGUCGCGAUAGGCAGGAAUACAACAUAAAAUUGUCAGGAAAUAUCAAAAAGGAAUUUGGAACGACAAAACUUCAAUUCCAUUCAAAACGAAAACGAAACAAUUUCCAAAGAUUUGUUAUUUCCUUCACAAAUCAAGACAAACCAGCGUUUGUUUCUUUAGAUGUAAUGGAAAUGCCAAAGAAACAAGGAGUAACAAGUAUUAUGGUAUGGUUACCCGAGAUGUCAGUUGAGACUACCCCUCUUAAAAGUGAAGACUCAUUUAAAGGGUUUAUUUGGGAGAAGCUUCUAAAGAAGAUAGCGUCGAAACUCGGUAAUGAAUGGAUUCCGUUCUGUGUUCUGCUUGGUAUUCCUUUUCGCAAAGUACACGAAAUGAUAACUGAAACAUCUCGAGACAAUUCUACGGAAAAUAAAAUCAUGAAAGUAUUGCUGGAGUGGAGGAAAUACUCCCAGAGCCUGGAUGAUAUGGGAGUCGUGGAUCUAGUGACAGCUCUAUCUAGGGUAGAAAGGAAUGACGUUGCUGAUUUAGUCCAUCAGAACCUCAAAGAAUGGUUAAAAGAAAACGAAUUUGAGAAUGAAGACAGAUUUCAUAAAUGGGCAGAAAAAGCUUUAAACGGAACAUUAGAUAUAUCAAGAACAGAAGAUUGUUUUGAGCCUAUGUCUGACGAAUUUUGUGUUCUUCUCGUCGAAAAAUUCGCAAAUCCAGAAUUUCAAAAUCUUGCUGUGCUAUUGGGAAUAUCUGAAGACCAAAAUUCAAACAUAUUCGCAGACACAGAUUUUCCAAAUUACCGGUACAAAGUUUUGCAUAUGUUUAUUGUCGCUCGGGAGAGACAGAUAGAUCGACUCAAUGCCCUUACCAAACUUACCGAAGCUCUCAAAAUCACGGAAAACAUUGAAUGUUUGCAAUGGGUCCAUGACUGUAUUAAAAAAUGGUCACAAAACACUAACAAUAAAGAAAAUAGAACAACAUUUCAGUUGAACUUAGAGAAAUCGAUCAGAAAAGAGGAUGGAGAAAACUUUGAGGAGGAUGAGAAAAACUUGAAAGAAAAAACUGAGCUGAUUGGGGAUCUUCAAGGAGAAAAUAAAAAAGUCAAAGGAAAACAUGAAUCACAGCAUACACCAAAUAAGGAAGUCACCACCACUAAAGAGCUCGAUAAGUCUAAUGAUGAGGACAGAAAUCAAGAUGAAAAUAUUGGUAAAAACCGCGAGAUGCAUGAAAACAGUGAUUCGGACCUUAAAGCCGUUACUAUCAGAGAGAGUGUUGUGGUUAUAGACGAUGACGUUAAAUUAUCAAAAGUGACAAUUAUGAAACAGGUUGAAGACACUGUUGUAAAACUACAAGAAAAUGAGAUCAAAAAGCUUGAAGAAAACAAGUCUGAACUAAAAAAGAAUGAAAAGGAAGAACACCCAGAGUACUGCGAAAAGAAUGAUUAUGAACUAAAUAAGGUUGAAAAAGAAAAAGAGCAAAAAGAAGACAAUUCUAGAAAUUAUGAAUCUAAAUUUAUGGAAGCUAAAAGCACGGGGACAAAUCCCAAGGAUUCCGAAAGGAUACGAUAUGAACAUAAAGUAGUCAAACUGAUUGAUGAACAAAUAGACAAAUCUAAAUGCAAUCAUUCUGACUUGGAAAAACUUGAGAACUCAAAAGACAGUACAAAUAUAGUGAAGGAAAUAGAGAAAAAACAUGAUAAUAAGGAAAAUACAUCCACCCCAAAAUUAUCUGACUCUAAUAAAAACGAAUUAUGCAGAGAUGAGAAAUUACAUAAAAACCACGGGAUGUUUGGAGAAUGUACGUCUGACCACAAAGACAUUGCCGUUUACGGGAAUGUUGUAUUUAAAGACAGUGACGAUAAAGUACAUGAAGUAAAUAUCAUUCAAAAAGUUGAAGAAACUAAUAUAAAACUCCUUGAAAAUAAGGAAGAACUUGAAGAAAAGUCUGAACUCAAAGAGGAUGAAAAAGAAAAACACCCUGAGUACAGCGAAAACAAUAAAUUUAAACUGAGAAAAGAUAAGAAAGACGAACAGUAUAAACAUUCUAGAUAUUAUGAGUCUAUAUCUAAGGAAAAUGAAAAACCAGAUGAAAAUCACGAGGGCUCCGAAAGCAGAAAUCAAGAUCAUAAAGAAGUACAAAUGAUAGAUGUACAACUAAACCAAUCAAAAGGCAGUAUUUCUGACUUUGCAAAAAUUGAAAACUUAAAAGAGAAAGAAGAAAAAAUUAUGAAAAUAGACACAAAACACAAUUUAGAAUUACAGGAUAAUUUACAUAAGGAAGACACUUCCUUUGAAUUACUACAUUGUUCUAAAAAGGACGAAAGCAAAGAAUAUGAGAGCAAAUGUGAUAAUGACGAGCUACAUGUAUAUGAAGACAGUGCCUCAGACCAUAAAGACUUUGCUAAAAGAGAGAGUGUGUUGAUUGAAGAUAAUGCCAUUAAAUCAUUGAAAUGGACUAUUGUAAAGAAGGUUGAAGAAUUAGAAGUGAAAUUACAGGAAGAUCAGCAGAAUGAACUUGAAAAAAGGUCUGGACUGAAAGUGGAUGAACGUCACGGGUACAGCAACAACAAUGAUUAUGAACUAAGAAAAGGUAUGAAAGAAAAACAACAAAAGGAACACUCUAGAAAUUAUGAGUCUAGAUUUAAGGAAGAUGAAAAACCAAAGAAAAACUGCGAGGAUUCUGAGAGCAGAAUUCAGGAUCAUAAAGAAGUUAAAAUAAUAAAUGUAGAACUAGACCAAUGUGAAUGCUGUAAUUCUGACUUUACUGCAAACUCAAAAGAGAAAGAAAAUGAAAUUAAGAAAAAAGAGGCAAAGUAUGAUUUAGAAUCACAGGAUGAAUUAGAUACGAAAGACACUUCUACAAAAGUGCUAUGUCACUUUAAAAUAGACAAAAGCAAAGAAGCUGAUAACAAAUGUGGGAACCACGAGGUAUACGAAGACAGUGUGUCGGACCAUAAAAACGUUACUUUCAACGAGAGUGUGGUGAUCGAAGAUAGAAACCUUAAAAUAUCUGAAACGACUACAUGUACUAUGAAAGCAGAUAAAGAAGCUAAAGUAAAAUUACCAGAAGAUCAGCUAGAGAAACUUGAUGAGAGGUCUGAACUGAAAGAGGAUGGAAAAGAAGACCGCCCCGAAUACAGCGAAAACGAAAACAAAAUUGAGGAACAUUCUAGAAAUUUUGAGUCUAGAUUAAAGGAAGAUGAAAAACCAGGCAAAAGUCACGAGGACUUCAAAAGCAAAUGCGAUGGUCAUAAAGAAGUUAAAAUGAGAGAUAAAAAACUAGACCAAUCUGAAUGCAGUAUACUUGACUUUGAAAAAAAUGAAAACUUCGCCACUAAGCAAUACGAUUCUGAAAACGAAGAAUGCAAAGAAGAUGAGAACCUAUUUAAAAACCACCAGGUAUAUGGAGACAGUGCGUUGGACCAAAAAGAAGAUGCUAUUGACAAGAGUGUGGUAAUUAAAGAUAAUGACGUUAAAUUAUCUGAAGCGAAUACAUGUAUCAUGAAAGAAGGUGAAGAAACAGAAGUAAAAUUGCCAGACUAUCAGCAAGAGAAUCUUAAAGAACACGAGCCUGACCCAAAACAGACUGAAAAAGAAGAUCAGCCCGAGUACAGCAAAACCAAUAAUUACGAACUAACAAAAAAUAAGAAGGAAGAAAAACAAAAAGAACAUUCUAGAAAUUCAGGAUAUCAAGAACAUAUAGAAGUUAAAAUGAUAGAUGAACAACUAGACCAAGCUCAGUGCAGUAACUCUGACUUGAAAAACCUUGAUAACUCAGAAGACGAUGAAAAUAAAAAAGAGGAAGAUAAAUCAACAAGGUUACAUCAAGAUGAAUUUAAAUACGAUGAUACAGGAGCUAGCACUUCCAAUAAGACAAAUUCUGAUAAAAGUAAUGAAAAAUAUUCUGAAGCUUAUACACUCGAGAAUCAACAACUCGAACAUCAUAAAUAUAAACCUGAUAGCAAUGAGAAACCACAAGGUGGAACUGCAUGUAUAGUCAGUGAUACUGAUGUCACUGAAGGCACAGAUUUCGAUAGCACUCACCAGAUAUUUAAGGACAAAAGAUCUGAUCUAGAUGAAGAUAAAAGUCUCGAUAACAUUCAAGGAAAAAACGAUGAGAGUGAUAGUUAUAUCGGUGUCUGUAACUCUGAGGAUCCGCAGGAUACAUCGAUUUAAGGUCGAUUAGAGGUCAAAGAGCUUGUCCAUCAUGAUUAUGAAUCUAAAAACGAAUCAAAUGACAAAAAGAUUUUUAGAAAAAGGGGAGAAAAUGAUUCGUAAGGUAAAUAGAGGUAACAUAGAGAGAAAGGAUGGUUAAAACAGAGAGAUUUGAUUUUGAUAAAAAUCAAAAUUUUAAAUCUUUAAUCAUGAACAGCUAAAUGUCAAAGUUGAAGACAAUUAAAAUAUGUUUCAAUUGAUGUUAUAAUAUACGAUUAGUGUAAAUUAUGCUUGAUUGUGUGGAAAGGUUUUUCUUAACAUGAAAUCUCUAUACUAGAAAGGAAACCUUGAUAGAUCCUUUUUAAUUAAUAUAAACUAACUUUUUAAUAUCUUAAUUUGAGAAUAUCUCGAUUUUAGACAUAAGAUACUUAUUUAACAUUGAUUAACUCAUACUUUAUUUUGAAUACAGGAUAUAUGUCAAAGAAUUAAGUUGCGAAAUAAAUUAUGACAAAACUAAAUUGCAGGAUAUCUCAAAUUUAAUAUAUUACAGUGGCGU